AUGUACAAGGUAUUCGAGCGCAUUAUCCUGGACCGACUCAUUAAACAUCGCGAAGAAACAACGCGCGACGAGCAAGCUGGCUUUCGUCCUGGCCGAUAUACGAUUGACCAGCCGCGUUCGACUCUCCGCACCGAUGCCGUCUUCUCAACGUGCUCCGCGUUGAUGGAGUAUCAGGAAAUUCGAACACCAGCCGGAUGUACAACACCGUUUGAAGUGGUAACUGGAGUAAGACAAGGGGCAGUGGCAAGACCUUUCCUGUUCAAUUUCGCAAUCGACGACAUUAUGCGAAGAACAGUCGACAAGUGUCCUGCCGACAUUGUCUUAGCACCAUCUGGGUGCCCCUUGACUGACCUCGAGUACGCCGACGAUGUUGUUAUAUUCGCGGAAAGCAGUACGAAACUUCAACAUGUUGUCAACCUUGUAUCGAAGCUGCAGUCCUGGACUAAGGUGGACGGACAACCGAUAGAACUCGUCGAUGAGUUCUGUUACCUAGGUUGUACGCUGAAGAACAAUGGCAGCUACGAGAGAGAUGUUCAGCAAAGAUGCGCUAAAGCCACUUCUGCAUUUAACUCCUUAACGAAAUGCCUGUGGUCGACCCCCAUCACCAACGAAGUCAAGCUGCGAGUCCACCUAUCCGCAAUUCGCCCCAUCAUGAUGUACGGAUCGGAGACUUGGGCAGCACCAUCAACGGUUAUGGAGAGGCUUGACUGUACGGAACGAAAGUUGCUUAGACGGCUACUUGGCUACUUUUGGCCUAGGGUAUGUCACAAUGAAGAUCUUUACGCAGAAAUUGAUGUGGUAUACAGGCGGAUGACACGUAGAAAACAUCAACAUCUUGCACCGCCAUCGAAAGUGGCUAAAGUAAAUUGUCUUCGCUUCUUUGGUCAUAUAUUAAGGAGACCGGCAGAUCGCCUUGUUCAACGAGUUCUGAGGAGUUCAUCGGGUUCGAGCUGGAAGAAGCCACCUGGCCAAAAACGGAAGUUCUGGGACACUGAGGACACUCGGCGUGGAUAG